AUGCUGCGUAAUCUUGACAAAAAUAAUGAUUGCUUUGAUCCUCAUGUGGUUUCCGUCGGUCCUUAUCACCAUGAGAAACCUCACCUCCAAGAAGUUGAGAACCUCAAGACUGAAAUGGCAUUGCGAUAUUGUGGCCGUUUUCCAGGACUUGGGGUUUCUGAUUUAUACAAGAGAAGUUCUGAUUUAUACGAGAUAGUCAAAGAUGCGGCCAGUGAAGCAAGAGGAUUCUAUGAUAAGGAAAUAUUGAAUAAUAUGGAUGAUAAGGCAUUCACAAAAAUGAUGUUUCUUGAUGGUUGCUUCAUUCUGGAGUUCAUAAUCAUGUGCUUGCCGAUGGAAGAAGAGGGGUAUCAUACUAACAUGACAGCUAAUUUCAAGCGAGACUUGUUCUUGUUAGAGAACCAACUCCCUUGCAUUUUCAUUAAUGCUAUUGAGUUUGCCUACGGGUCAUCGCCAAAAGAUAACUCUCCUCUUCAUCUUCUCGAGGUGAUACAAAAACCUACUAUCCAUGGCCGAAAAGCUAAAAAAUCAGAGACCAAUGUUCUGAGAGGCAAGCCUGACGUCUGGUUCUCUCGUUAUCCAGCCAGGGUGCUCAAGUGUAUAGGAAUCCUGUUCGGCCCCAACAAAACAGCCUUUGAUUGGUAUUCUUAUCAUCUAGCCAGGGUGCUCAAGUCUAUGGGAAUCCAUUUCAGACCCAACAAAACAGGUAGUUUUAGUGAUAUGAAGUUUGAAUCUCGUCUAUUUGUCUGGGGAGUGCUCACACAUCCUCCAAUACGCAUAGAUGCCUCCACCAAAUCCCUGCUGCUCAACUUGAUGGGUUUGGAAUCGAGCCAUACAAACUCGGCGGACAUGCGGGGUCUCGUCACCUCUUAUAUGUGUUUCAUGGACUCACUCAUUGACAAUGCUGACAAUGUGAUAAUCCUCAGGUCCCAGAACAUCAUCGUCAAUUGCUUGGGAACCGACCAAGAUGUUGCAGAUCUCUUCAACAACAUAGCAAGCAAUUUGGUCCCAAAUCCCCAUAUUUAUGAUGCAGCUAAGCAUGGAAUUCAAAAGCAUUGUGAGAGCAAGUUCAAGAUAUGGAUGGAAGAAUUUCACCGCGUCCAUUUCAAAAACCCUUGGACUCUUUUUGCAUUAUUUGGUUCCCUUUUACUCCCGAUGCUCACCGUCACUCAGACUUAUCUUGCAGCAAUGCAGCUCGAACAAUGA